UCUGUCCCAUUUUUACACGGCUAUCCUACACUCUCAACUAUGGAACUGUUGCAGGCUCCGUUCGACCCCGAAAAUCACUUCAAUUUUUCUGCAACAGUCGAAUGGAUGGACACGUGGUGGACUCAGUGUUUCUACAUCUCAGCUCUCUACGUUCUGCUCGUGCACUGGGGACAGCACAAGAUGAAGGAGAACAAGAAGUUUGGGCUGAGGAAGCCCUUGUUUCUAUGGAGUUUGGCGUUGGCUGCAUUCAGUGCAAUCGGAUUCUUUAGGGUCGGAGGGCAGUUUGUUACAGAGCUGCAGAGCACAGGGUGGCAUGAAACACUGUGCACCAUCGACUUUUACAAAGCUGAGAAUCACGGCGUCUGGUGCUUCAUCUUUUUGCUCUCCAAACUUCCGGAACUGUUCGACACUCUCUUUAUCGUUCUACGAAAGCAGAAGCUCAUCUUCUUGCAUUGGUACCAUCACAUCACCGUCUACUGCUUUUGUUGGUAUACAUACAGCACACCCAAUGGACACACUCGUCUGUUUAUGAUCAUGAACUAUUUUGUGCAUUUAAUUAUGUAUUCCUACUAUGCCAUCAGAGCUCAGGGCUUUGUCAAAGUUCCACGUGCUGUCAGUAUUGCCAUCACGUGCCUCCAGCUCAUACAAAUGUUGUGUGGAAUAGCCGCUUGCAGUUACUCUCUACUCAUGCUGCUGAACGACGUUCCUUGUAAUGCACAGUACAGAAAUAUAUACGUCAGCUUGCUGAUGUAUUCUAGUUAUGCCAUUUUGUUUGCACGCUUUUUCUAUGUCAACUAUCUGAAGAAGAAGGAGGGCACGAGUUCGUGAUUCUACAUUUGCUACAAGUAGAACUAUUUGUGACCUACAAUUUGCUGUUUAAUAUGGAUGUGUGCGUUUAGUAUUGCUAAUUAAUUAAUUAAUUAAUUAUGUAUUAAUAUUAAUAUU